CUGCGAUGGAGCGGCGAGCGGCGACGGCAGCCGCCGGGAGAGGAGGAAGAGGAGGAGGAGGAGGAAGGGAGAGAUUAGCGCGGUGCCGGCUGGCGCAGAGGCGCGGCUGAGCGCUCCAACUGGAGCCCGGGGCCCUGCGGACUGUGCGAGAGGUACAGGCGGAAGGAGCGGAGAUGCGGCCGCUCUCCCCGCGCUGCUGAAACUCCCGGUCACUGGCCCGGAGGAGGGAGGCCGGGAAGGUCCGUCCUUCUCGCUGCUCUGCGGGCGUAAAGGGUGCCGGUGCAGUCCCCUCCUCUUGCUUUUAUCCCAGCCCCGGAGCAGGAGCCGCCGCCGCCCCCUAUCCUUUCCUGCGCUCUUCCCACCAUGAGCGGGGCUGUUUUCACCUUAUAAAGAUGGCGGUGUGGGAUCGCUGCAACCUUUAGACUAAUGACUGUCAGAAACAUCGCCUCCAUCUGUAAUAUGGGCACCAAUGCCUCUGCUCUGGAAAAAGACAUUGGCCCAGAGCAGUUUCCAAUCAAUGAACACUACUUCGGAUUGGUCAAUUUUGGGAACACCUGCUACUGUAACUCUGUGCUGCAAGCGUUGUAUUUUUGCCGGCCAUUUCGGGAAAAUGUAUUAUCAUACAAGGCCCAACAGAAAAAGAAGGAAAACCUCUUGACUUGCCUGGCAGAUCUUUUCCACAGUAUUGCUACUCAGAAGAAAAAAGUUGGAGUUAUUCCACCAAAGAAGUUCAUAUCGAGGUUACGAAAAGAGAAUGAUCUCUUUGACAACUACAUGCAGCAGGAUGCACAUGAGUUUUUAAAUUACCUGCUCAACACCAUUGCAGACAUUUUGCAGGAGGAGAAGAAACAGGAAAAGCAAAACGGGAAACUGAAAAAUGGCAACAUGAAUGAAGCUGAAGAGAACAAUAAACAAGAACUCACCUGGGUGCAUGAGAUUUUUCAGGGAACACUGACUAACGAAACUAGAUGUUUGAACUGUGAAACCGUUAGUAGCAAAGAUGAAGACUUUCUUGACCUUUCUGUUGAUGUUGAGCAGAACACAUCGAUUACACACUGUCUAAGAGACUUCAGUAACACUGAGACACUAUGCAGUGAACAGAAGUACUACUGUGAAACUUGCUGCAGUAAACAAGAGGCACAGAAGAGGAUGAGAGUGAAAAAGCUGCCCAUGAUUCUUGCCUUACACCUCAAGAGAUUCAAGUACAUGGAGCAGUUGCACAGGUACACGAAGCUGUCUUACCGGGUGGUGUUUCCUCUGGAGUUACGGCUCUUCAACACGUCCGGCGAUGCCGUCAACCUAGAUCGCAUGUACGACCUGGUGGCAGUUGUUGUUCACUGUGGAAGUGGACCGAAUCGGGGGCAUUACAUUACUAUUGUGAAAAGUCAUGGAUUUUGGCUCUUGUUUGAUGAUGACAUUGUAGAGAAAAUAGAUGCUCAAGCUAUUGAAGAAUUCUAUGGUCUGACCUCUGAUAUAUCAAAAAAUUCAGAGUCUGGCUAUAUUUUAUUCUAUCAGUCAAGAGAGUGACUUGGCAAACUGUGAUACUUGAGCACAAGGAUGCUGCACACAAAAGAAGGUGAUGGCUCCCCUGAACUGACUUUUACACAGACCACAUCUCAGAUGGCUGAACAACAAUACAGUGUCUCCUGUUCAAUGGUCUAUGUGAUGUUGACUGUCCAUUUUUGACAUUCAGAUCCUUGUUGUGGGGGGGAGGGGUUGUUUGUAGUUUUUGAGUCUGAUUGAAGAGCUAAUUGAAGUCAGAUUUUAGUGGAAUUUAUACGGACUAACAUUUACAGAUAAUAAGAUUUGGAUGUCAACUGUUAAACCCAAUCCAGCUAGAGUAGUAUUUUAUAUGAAAGUGUUCAUUACAUGUAGGGCAAAAUUAUUUAAAACUUUAUAGAUGGUUUUGGAGUGUGUUGAUUUACAAAGCAUUCCUUUAAUCCUGACAUAUACUUAUCCCUUUUAAGUGUAUGGAAAAAAAUCAAUUAUUUCAUAAUGAUUUGAGUUGUGGUUGUAUAGGGGAUUUUUUUUACUCAUUACUCUGUUGCAGAAAAGAUAUUCUCCCAAAAUAAUUUCAGUUUUAGUUCUUAAAAACUUUCAGUGUGUAACCACAGACCUAAAAUUCACACAGAGGGAUUUAAAUUACACGGGAACUAAGUAAUUCUGUAUGUUCUUUGUCAUGAGAUAGUACAGAUGAGGUGAGAUUUCAGAACUUACAGAGCACUGGAAUAAAGGAAGUAAGAUCACACAUAUGAUACAGAGGUAAAUUGCUUUUAUAAAGAUUUAUCUUAUCUUUUUGUUAAAAUGAUAUAAUAGAUUGUUUACUUUGAUUUUGUUUGCAAACAUUGCAACACCGCUCACAUGUAACAUAUCCAUCAGGACUGAAAUUAUACAGUCCAUUUAAAUAAGCAUUGUUUGUACAUAAGACACAACUUAAUCCUGCAAUUUCCUAAAUAUCUGUAGGUCCCAUUUUCAUUUCUCAAGACAGAGUCCAUUUCUUAGAAAAAUAAUACGUAACAACUACUAGUGUACAUGCCAUCAUGUAUAUAUCAUCUUUAACAUUUUGGUCAUAUUUGACAGAGUUUUGUCACCACAGAAACAGAUAGGGAUCUGGAGUGCUUGAUUUCAAAAUUAGUACAAAAGGUUUAGUUUGUGAUUUUCCUGGGUGUAUUUGACUGGCACUUGUCAUGCACCAGCUAAUACAAUUUCUGAAUUCACCUGAAUACCUGAAUUUGGCAAAGAAUAAGUGUAGAAGAAAGUAUCAAUGGGGUUUGAGAAGGGACUGAUAGUGGCUUGAGUCAGUGGUAAUGCUGGUUAACUACCUUGUUCAGUUUGACACUUUCACUCCAUUAUACAGUUCUUGAACUUCAGUAGCCAAAGUCCUGUUCCAAUGACAUCAACAGCAAAAACACUCUUCUUGUCUUCAUGAGGACUGACAGUUAGUUCUAGUAUUUAUAAGGAAAUAUUCUCAUCUCACAAAAUUUAUUUCUACCUGUUACAUUUUUUUCGCUCAUUAUAUGUUUAUCAGACAAUGUUGCUUUUUGUCCUUUUCUUUAAGAAGCCUGCCUGACACUUUAUGGCCAACACUCCAUUUCAAGAAAUGGCUUUUGAAAUGCAGCUACAUCUCAUAUUUUAGUCUUCUAUAGAAAAGAUAAUGUUUUUCAUUGUACUCUACUGUGAAUGUGAAAUAUCUUUUGUGAAAUAUUGGUGAAAAUGAAGUAGCUUCUUCUUGUAACAUCUUCUGAAGUUCAGUUGGAUUUAUCAAUGGCCAUUUUGUAAACUAAGAUAAUGUAGCACUUUACACUGAAUGAGAAACAGGAGUGGACUUUUCAGCUAAGAUUAUUUGUGAUUUAUCAUGUUAUUAUUCUGAUGCAAGAAAACAGAUGUAGAAUGUAACCUUAGAGGACUUAAGUGAAUUAUAGUAGUGGUCUACAGGGAUCACUCACAUGAAAGAAGGCUGGUAUGCAGGCUCAAGACAAGCAUGAUCAGGAUGCAGCUCUUAUUCUUUUAUUGAUGUUAGAAUGAAAUGUUCUGUCUCUAAUACAGAAGAUAGACAUCUUACAGCAGACUUCAACCCCCACUGAGACCCGGGAGCUUUUCCACUGGAAAGCUAACAUGCAAAUCCCUCUUUAAUUGAUUUAUUUAUAAACAUUCAGAAUUUCUGUAUAAAAAUACAAAAAAUUACUGGCCUUUUAAAAUGGAUAAGGUUUCCUCACUGUGAAUGAAAUCACUUUCUAGAUCAGCAAUGAUCAGUGCUGGUCCAAAGGUCUGUAUUUUGCAGUUUACUACUGAACAUUCUUACAGGGUUCUUUAAUUUUAAAAUAUUCAACAAAACAGAUAUUAUUAAGGUAUCAUUUGAAUCUUCAGGGCUCAUGUUUAUAUGAAAUGUAAUUUUUCAUAAAAAUAAUU